AUGGCCGAAGGAACGGAUCGAAGCGAAGGAACGAAGGAACGUUCCGACGUGGAGGAGGAAGAGGAGGAGGUAGCGGUACCGGGCCGGAUAGCAGGUGUAUCUUCCUCCUCGUUCGAUGUGCUGCUACCAAACUGUGUUAUCACGCGAGAAGAGGACCACCACCACCACCAAGGACUACGGAGUAGUGUCAGCAGUGACAGCGGUAACAGCACCACCACCAAUCGGUGGCAGGACGAUAACCACGGCCACCGAACGAUCCAUUCCAGUCCGGUCGGUAGGACGGUAGUGCGGACGGUCCGACAACCGGGUACUGGCCGGGUACGGGGCACGAGACGUACCUCGUGUUCGCAUGCCACUACCGGUCACCCGCUACCGGAGCCCCGCUCUCCAGAUCCUGUCACGAUGAAACAGCAACAUCAAGCAUUGAUGCGCCACAGUACCGACAAUUUGAGAGCUAUUAAUAAUCACCACAACCAAGUGAACCGGGCGGGCUCAGCGAACAAUACUGGAGCCACCCGGCACCAGCACGAUCAUCACGAGGCUUCACCUUCUUCCGACUGUUUCGGCUGCUUCCCGAUGGCACCGGUGGGCGUCACAGUCGUUGGCAGUGACACCGUGGUCAAUCAGGGUAAGACAAAAUACGGCAACCACCGUUCGACGGUGGCCAAGGAGAGCAGCUCGGCCCGGCUUGAGCAGUCCACCUCACAGGACAGUACAGCAUCGCCCGGGUCUACCGUACCAUCGGCACCCACGCUGGAACUGACGAUCGAUACGGAGCUUGCUGCCAGUCAGCAUGCGGUGCCAGCGAUGGUUAAUGGGGGUCUAGGGACGGUCAGUCCGGCAAAUGCUGAGUUUCUGGAUAAGCUUCCUCAGCUGGAGGACAUCAUGGAGAGCCCACUGCUAAAGACACCGGUCGAGAAGUGGCUCCAGACCGAGGAUAGGCUAUCGCGAGAGGAGAGUUCCACAAAUUACGCUAGUGAAGAACCAGUUCGUAGUCCCGAUCUUUACAGCAGUCUGUUCGGUCCGAAGAUCAGUGCGAGCGAGAACAUCCCCGGUACCCCGAUGGAUACGCCGGAUAUCGUGUCGGAGUUUAACAAAAGCUUCAACUCCAGUACGGCGAGCAUGAUCAAUGAGAGGCGUCGGUCCUCGACAAAGCUACUGACGGUGAUCUCGGGCCCGGAGCGCCAGACAAGCGAAACAAAAAACAGUUCCCUCGGUAGAAGCAGUCUGCGCAACUUGCUGAAGCUACGGAAAGCGUCUGACCAGUCACAGGAUACACGCCGCUCGAGCCAGCAAGACAAAGAGGGUUUGGACCCGGAGUCGCUAAUGUUUCGUGAUGGUAGACGAAAAAUCGACAUGAUGUUAUGCUACGAGGAGGACGAUCAAGGAGUGAUGACCGAGGAGGAAGCCCUGAAGCGCCAUCAGCGGAAGCUCUUUCACGAAAAUCUCGUCCGCGAAGGGCUGGAAAUCGAGGUGGAAGAUAAGGCGCAGGCAUUCGAUGGUAAAACGUACUUUGUGAAGAUUCACAUACCGUGGCGUACGGAGUCACGGUACGCGGAGGUAAUGAAUCUGAAGCUACCGGUCAAGCGCUUCAUCACCAUCAGCGUAAAGGAAGAGGAAACGGCACUGCGUCGUCAGCAAAACAAAAUCCUAGGAUACUGGAACCGGCUCGUGUCGAUGACCGAGUACAAUCAUGGACGCAUCGAGAAGGAACCCUCGUUCUACUCGGCCACGGCGAGCGGUAAUCCGGAGGAGCAGUUCAUUGUGAAGGAUCGCUGCACAUCCUACACGAGCGCACAGCGCAGCCAGAUUGUGAUGCAGAUCCUGAUGCGAACGCGAUUCGAUGAAACGGAGAAAGUGAACAACGUUGGCAUUCGACGGCUCCUGAACGAUGGUACCUAUCUGGCCUGUUUUCCACUGCACGAGGGACGCUACGACCGGGACCACUCAUCCGGAGCACUGUUCGAUCGCCGUCUGCUCUACCUGGAGUGGGCCCGACCAAUCAAGUGGUACAAAAAGCAACCGCUCUGUUUGGUGCGGAAGUACUUCGGCGAUAAGAUCGGGCUGUACUUCUGUUGGCUCGGUUUCUACACGAAGAUGCUGUACGCACCGGCCAUCGUCGGGUUGUUCUGCUUUCUGUACGGACUGGCGUCGAUGGAUUCGAGUGAUAACAUACCGACGAAGGAAAUCUGUGAUGUGAAUGGACCGGGCAAGAUCGUCCUCUGUCCACUGUGCGAUCAAGCCUGCAGCUAUCAGCAGCUACACGACUCGUGCUUCUUCGCACAGCUCACCUACCUAUUCGACAAUCCGUCGACCGUGUUUUUCGCCAUCUUCAUGUCGUUCUGGGCCACCACCUUCCUAGAGCUUUGGAAACGCAAACAAUCGGUGCUGGUGUGGGAAUGGGAUCUACAGAACAUUGAAAACGAGGAAGACAUGCGGCCAGAGUUCGAAACGACCGUCAAAACGUUCCGCAUCAAUCCGGUGACGCGUGAGAAGGAAC